AUGGAAGAGAGGCGGCAGAAGUUUUACCCUGCUGACGAAAUCGUCGCGCUGGUGCGGUCCCUCGACCGGCCGCAGGACGAGGGCCUCUUCUCAAAAGACGUCCUGCUCGUGUACCCACACCUCGCCGAGGAGUACACGCGGGUGUGUCCGCGGCGCUGCGACCUCGCCACCGCCGCGGAGAAGGCCGCCAGUGACGUGUACAGCUACGACGUGAAGCUUACAGCGCUGCGAGACGACGUUGAGUUGAUGGUGAACAACUGCCACCGCUUCAACGGCACGGAGGGGGCCCUGGCCGACAUCGCCAACCGUUUUGAAGCGUUCGCGAAGGAGCAGAUAGACGCGUACGUCGCAAAGAAGACGGGCGGACGUCGGGUGUCGUCUUUUCGCCUAUCUACUGCCACUGCCGCGGGCGAGACAACGCGCGGGAAACGACAGCGUGAGGAGUCAAAAAAUACGUCGGGUGACAGCAGUCCCCAGCAAUCGCAGCAGUCCAGGGGCAGCAAAAGAAGCCACCCCACCCCUGCUGGUGGCGGAAGCAGCCCGGUGACCAGCGCGGAGGUUGUUAAGCUAGUGGAGUCGCUGAACCGCCGCGAGGACAAAGGCGCCUUUGCGGUGGAUGUGGCAACAGCAUACCCGGAGCUGAAGCAGUCGUACGAGGAGGUGUGCCCGGUGAAGAUGAACCUUGCCCUUGCCAGGGAGCGUGCAGCAAGUGGCUACUACCUUGGGAUGCCACAGUGCGCAGCAAAUCCAGAGCAGCCGCCGUCGCCGCAGUUCAAGCGCAGACAACUGUCGGCAGCUGAGGCGUCCACUUCGUCGGUCUUUGGCAGCACAGUUGCCCAGUCUAUGACGCUGCUGCGGAAUGAUGUGGAGCUGAUGGUCUCCAACUGCCUUCGAUUCAACGCCAACGCGCAGGCGUGGGUGAAACUCGCGAAGUCUUUUCAUUCUUUUGCUCACAAGAAGAUUGACGAAUUUGUCCUUCGUCACGCUCCCGCACUCAAAGGCACCAAGUCCGGGGUUGAUGCGUACGUUAAUGAAGCAGACCAGCAGUCGUUGCAGAGGCCGCAGCAGUUGCUCUCCCCGUUAUCGCAAUCCCAGCAGCUAUGUUACAGUAGCAGCCAAGACGACGAGCGGAAAACAGAAGGUACACGCCCCACUGCGGCCGCGGCUGUGGUUGCAUCAACGGCAAUGCAUGCAAAGAAGGAAGCGGUGGCGGCGGUUGUGAGUCCCCCGCCACGUGCCUCGGCGGUGACGGUUGUGAAGUACACCACACCAAUGGUUGUGCCAACCGCACUGCAGCCGGUGUUUGCAACUCCAGAUGCACUGCGUCGACGGCUGGUCUCGGAUCACCUUCACCGCGGGACGCUACGGGCACGGCUUAUCCGCUCAUCUGCUCUCGCUGGUGAGGGCGGUGACACGGGGGGCAAUAAAGAUGAUAAUGGUAAUAAUAAUGCAGAGGAAGAAGAAGGAGCAGGGGAAUUUGACCGGAAGAAAGAGACGCAGCAUACUUCCGCCCAGCAAACUUUUGGCCCUGCACUUAGCUGCCGCGCCGUUCUUCGUGCCUUUGCUGCGUCUGUGGAGGAUUUUUACCAAUCGCAGCGGGAACGGCAGGACUUCGUCACUCCGUUUGAGUACCCGCGGCAGGAGGAGCAGCUCUACACAGACUGUAUUGCCCUUAUUGAGCAGCAGUUUGAGCAUCUUUUUCUCCACACGCUUGUGUACGAUCAGGAGAAGGCAGACUGCUACGAGUGGAGCGCCGCGAAGGCAGUUUGGAGGCUCGUCAAAGAUAACGCGGCUGCCCCGUUAGCCAGCGCCGCCCCUGAUGCCCCAUCUCCUGGCGGUGUGUCCUGCUGGCUGGAUGACGUGCACCUCUGCUACCUUGUCCGUUUCCUGCAGCACUUUCCACAACUCAUGGGGCUUGCCUGCGCCACACCCACGCACUCGGCUGUGGCGACGGCAGCAGCAACAACAACAACAAGCGCAAAGCCGACCUUGCACAUCACGGAAGUGGCGAAGGGCGUCAUAGAGAAGCUUGCGAGAAUCACUGAGGAGCUGUUGGCGUUUAUUGCGCAGUAUGAGCAGAAGGUGGGAAGUGUGGAGAAUCCCGAGAAGGGAGGACAAGCGUCGUAA